AUGAAUCAAACAUUAAAACUUACAACCUUGGCCAAACCUCUCCGUUUACCCCCUUUACCUACCAUAAGAGACUUGGUCAAACUUUACCGUCUCAAGGCUUUGAGACAGCUGUCCCAGAACUUUUUGAUGGAUGAACGUUUGACCGACAAAAUCGUUAGAGCUGCCGGCAAAAUUAAAAAUCAUUAUGUGUGUGAAGUUGGACCAGGUCCUGGUGGCAUCACCAGAUCUAUUAUCAAAAAGCAACCAAAAAAGUUAAUAGUUGUGGAAAAAGAUCCACGUUUUGUGCCUACAUUAGAACUUUUACAAGAAUCAUGUUCUGACUAUACAGACAUGCAAAUUGAAUUAGGAGAUAUUCGUACUUAUAAUUUAGAAAAAGGCUUUAAUCAGGCCCCAAAACACGGUUGGUUCGACGCCCCGCCUCCGAUUCAUUUAAUAGGCAAUUUGCCAUUCAGUGUGUCAACAAUCCUCCUGGUCGAAUGGUUGCAUGCAAUCUCUCAAAAAUCAUCAGCUUGGGCUUUUGGUCGAACAUCAAUGACCCUAACUUUUCAAAAGGAAGUUGCAGAACGAAUGGUUGCACCAGUGGGACAUAAACAACGCUGUCGCUUAUCUGUUAUGUGUCAAUUCUGGUGCAAUAUUGAUUACAAGUUCACAAUACCUGGUAAAGCUUUUGUGCCCAAACCUGAUGUUGAUGUUGGUGUUGUGACACUGUAUCCACUGAAAAAUCCUGGGGUGGAUAUGCCUUUUAAAAUUGUAGAGAAAGUGGUAAGGAAUAUUUUUAACAUGAGGCAGAAAUAUUCAAUCAGGGGGACUGAAAGACUAUUUCCUGAAGAUUUAAGAGAGAUUUUAGCUCCAAAAAUGUUUCAACUGGCUGAAUUAGAUUAUAUGGUGAAACCAUUUCAAAUAUCAAAUGAGGAAUUUGCAAGGUUGUGUUAUGCUUAUAAAGUAAUUUGUGAGGAUUAUCCUGAAGUUUUAAAUUACGAUUCUAGAGCUCCUAACCAGGAAAGUGUUUUAUAGUUAUAGUUUGUGUAUAGUUUUUGUUAAAAUAAAAUAUAAAUAUAUUAAA